ACCGGCCCCGCCCGCCGCCCUUUCCGCGCCGCCGCGAUGGUGCCGGUACCGUGGCCCGGGUUGCUCUUGGGGUGUUUGGGGUUGUUCCUGUCGCCGCGGGCCGCCGCCGAGUUCACCCCUUCCCUGGACAGCGACUUCACCUUCACGCUGCCCGCCGGCCGCAGGGAGUGCUUCUACCAGCCCAUGCGCAAGGAGGCCUCGCUGGAGCUGGAGUACCAGGUUCUAGAUGGAGCAGGAUUAGAUGUUGAUUUUCAUCUACUGUCUCCAAAAGGUGAAACUCUCGUUUUUGAUGAAAGAAAAUCAGAUGGAGUUCAUACGGUGGAAACUGAAGAUGGGGAUUACAUGUUCUGUUUUGACAACACAUUCAGUACCAUUUCUGAAAAGGUGAUUUUCUUUGAACUGAUCUUGGACAAUAUGGGAGAAGAUGGACAAGAUCAGGAAGACUGGAAGAAGUACGUUACAGGCACAGAUCUCCUAGAUAUGAAAUUGGAAGACAUUCUGGAAUCGAUCAACAGUGUCAAAGCCAGAUUAAGCAAGAGCGUCCAGAUUCAGACCCUGCUCAGAGCAUUUGAGGCUCGUGACCGAAAUAUACAAGAAAGCAACUUUGACAGAGUGAAUUUCUGGUCCAUGGUCAACUUGGGAGUAAUGGUGGUGGUAUCAGCUGUUCAGGUUUACAUGUUAAAAAGUCUCUUUGAAGAUAAGAGGAAAAGUAGAACUUAAUAUUCAGUGUGAUCAUAACAAUGUUACAGGUAUGGGGGGAGAGGGGAAGCAAUAAACUGCUACAGUAAAGGGGGGGAAAAUACGACCUUUCAGAUUGUUUUGAACAGGGAGUACACAUCAGGUUUUCAAUACAUGUUGGGCUUUUUGGUUGUUUUUUUGGUGGUGGUCUUGUUUGUAUUGUUUGAUUGGUUUCUGUUUGUUGUUUGUUUUUUUUUUUUAAACAGACAGAAUGCCUUGCCCCAAGCUCUUCCAUUUUUGCAAGAACUACUAACUAUUUUUUUGUACUUAUAGUAUUUGUUAAUGACUUAACUUAUGCAUAGUGCACAGGAUGCUUAGUGCAUAUGCAAAGAAAUGUUAAUACUAUCCUUUUUUUCAUGUUCGCAUAAAACUUUAAAUGGUAACUUAGACAUUGGUUUAUUUGCUGUUAAUCAUUGAGUAAAUUUACAUAUGUGCCUAAAUGUUUACAAGAUUGGGGCCCACAAGGGUUGUCUGUAGUUAUUGUCAUUUAUCUUCUAAGUUAUCUGUUUUUAAAAAUCCUUAGCUUUUGCUGUAUGGCAUCAUGGAGAAACACUGGGCUAACAUUGUGAGAACAAAAUGAGAACUCUUUUUAUAUACAGAUGACUAACAUCAGCACUUUAAAAAUAAGCACCAUCAAUGUGAAAUUGAGUCAGUGUUGAAAAGAAUUGGAGAAAAUAGGUGCAAUUCCUGUUCAUAAAUCCUUCCGUCCUGUAGUUGUACAACCCUAUUCUCCUUUUUGGCUGUUACAUGAGAGUCAAGAGACAAGUGACUACAUGAUACACAAACAAAUGUACACACACCUUGAAGUAUGGUUUGCAAAAUCUUAGUAAUCUUGUGUAAUAGCUAAUUUUCAAGAAAUCAUUUCUCAUAUUAUUCUUUCCCUUUAUUAAAGGGGGAGCAGUGUGUCACAGUAUGUGAUAUUACCUAAACAUGAAUUUUUGUAAUCUCAAAAUCCCUCUUAUUUGCCAUUUUUAUUAGUUUUUGUCUAUGACUAAUGUAGCAGUUAAUAGGGUAGUUUACACAGGCAUGAAAAACCAAAGCUGUUCACCUAAACUUUCCCUUUUUGCUCACACUCAGAAGUCUUUUAGCUGUGUAACUACACUCAGUUCAUCCAAGCAGUGUUUCUAUAUCUAGCUAUUUAUAUGACUAAGGCAUGAAUUACAUGAGCAGUUAGCACAGGCUUCAAAUUUUAGGAUCAACUGAUGAUCUAAUAUCACUUAACUAAGGCAGAGCUAUUCUUAAAUCAGUCAUCUAUAAUUUCUAGAUGAAAUAGCUUUUGACACUAUAGUGAGGGUAUGGAGAAUUUUUGCCAAAAGCUCUGGUGUGUGAGAAUUUUUUUAAUAGUUCAAAGUAAUUUUUACAAUGUGCCACUGAAACUUCCUGUAUAAAUGUGUUGAAAGAUAUAAUCACAAAAAGUGUUUUUAAAAAACACUUUCCUAAAAAAAAAAAGCACUUGUAAAAAAAGUGUUUUAAAAAAAGCAUAUGUAUUAGUGUUGUGUGUAUUGUUGGGUCAUCGGGGUAUGAACAGCAGAAUUGCAACUUCAAGACUUUGUAAUUAAAAGUUAUUUUAUGGAGAUAAAUCAGGGUCAAUAGAUGCAUGAAGAAAUACUUGGUUUAAAUGAAGCAGAUGCUAGCAAGGGCUACAGUACACAGAAGGAGCACUUCAGCUUCAACUUCAGACAAUAGUUUUUAUAAGCAAAAGUAUUAUUUAUCACCGAACUUGUUACAGAGGGCUUCAAAGGCUGCUGAGCUGCUUUUUGUUUCUGCAAAGCUGUGUCCAAAAUAAGAUUGUUUCCCUUUAGGGUUCUGCAUAUCUUCUUUCUUCACAUGAUGCUUUCUAUUCUAAUCUGCCAAAAAAAAAAAAAAAAAGCCAUUUUUCACAAAGCUUUUUUCUGUGAUCAGAACAAAGCCUAAGAAAAAUUAACUCUUUCCGCUGUUAUUCUAUAUUCUUAAUUAUUCUGCAAAGAAGCAAAUAAUUUUUUUUGCCAUUUCCUUGUACAUCUCCCAGUACCAAUAUACCACAUAUGUAUAUCAGGGCAUAAGCCAAAGCUUACUAAAGUCAACUUCCAAUGUUUUGAUCGGGUCCCUUUGGGACAGGCAAAUAAGAUUCUUAGGGCUCUGCCCCUUUUGCUAGAAGACAUCUAUCUUCACUUGCAUCACCAUGACCAUGAAGCAACAAGCCACCUGCGAAAUGCUGAACCAGCUCUGUGAAGCUGUGACUAAGACACCUACCUCUUAUAUCAAAGCUACUAGAUUCUAGAUUUCAGCUUAGACCUCCAACAGAUGAGUUCUGCCAAGUUGUCUAAGGGCUCCUCAAGGGAUUAGGUUCACCAGCUGCUCUGCUGUGCCCCUCUGACAGUGGUUGUACAUCCAGUGGCAAAACAGUACGGUGUAUUAGGUUAAGCUGCUACUGAAUGCAGACUUCUCUGAUCAAAGACACAAGACUGAACUGCAGCAGUUUCUCCAAUUACAAAUAGCAGUCUCUGGUAGAAGGAAAAUAACGCAACAAUUGUCAGCAGAGUUCAUCUGGAAGAAGUUAAUUUGCAACUAAGAGCUCCAGCUGUAUUUUCUCCCCAAUUCAAUGUUCAUCAUAGAUAACCAUGCUUUGACUUUGGCAGCUGGAAUAUAUCAUAGGUGAAGGAUUCGACAUUUAAACGUGCAGCUAAAUAAAAUUUAGUAGAGUGCUUUUGAUUCUAUAAAAAUUUAAAGGAGAAUAUAAAUUUUUUUCUUAAUGGACUUUUUAUUCAGAAUUAAAAUGUUUUAAGCCUUGCAGAUGUUGAAUAAAAUUAUGCAAAACUCUGAGAUUUUCAAUAAAUGAAGUUUAAACCUG